UUUUAUAGAAUAAAUCAUAAUAGAAAAUAGUAUUGUUGAAAGUAAAGAGUAAAUUUUAGAGACAUAUCCAGUGGACGCGCGUUCUGGCGGACCUGCGCCUGUCAAGCAGUCGCCAGCAGUCGGCAGCAGUCACGAAUGGUUGACCUAUGCAGUUGACUGUGCUGGUUGACCGAUCGUGCGGUAUUAAUCGCGCUUUUUCUUCUACGCGCUCUCGAAACAUUUAUACUUACUUUUCGGCGAUUUAAUCGUAUAGGAAGUUUAUCAUACGAGUGAGGUGAUGAUUAAUAAUCGUGAAUGGGCUAGACUUCGCAUCGGUCAGGUGAGAGACAGGUGGAUGGAUUGAGGAAAAUCGCCAGUCGAAAUACAAUCUAGGGUAAGGGAGUAGCAACCUCUUGGGGCCAGGGCCAGUCACGUGACCCGUAUGUUUACCAAAAUGGUGAACGUUCACCGUUCGGAAUGUACUUCGCUAUUUUAUCGAGCUUCCCUCUCGUACAAUGAUGAGAUCGAACGAGGAUACACGGGAAUUCGAGUGAUCUAUUCAUUUUUACAUCAAUCUUCGCAGCUGCCACUAAUUUAAGUUUUGAUGUCUUAAUAUUUUGUUACCUUGUGCUUGGUUUGGUAACGCGAAGAGUCGUGAGCGAAAGUUUGAAAGUGGACGAAAGAAACUAUUGCUUUCCGUGUAUUAUAGAAGCAACCGUUGCUCCUACCUGAAAAUGAUUUUAAUUAUUAAUGGCGAUGACAACAUUCUUCAACAUGGUGAUGACUGAAGUCUUAAGUGGCCUAACUCUGUUUGCCAAUAAUGUUUAAUGUGAUAUGCGAUAGUUUUAUCUACAGAUGAUCUCUGAUAUAGGUUAGUGCAAAUGGAAAGUACAUUAAAGGACGUCUAAAUGACACAAAGUGUCUUAGCAUAACGCUGUGUGCUACGGCCAAGCAUUGCUAAAGAUGGCCACGUAUCAAGUUGACUAUCAGUGGGCUUAUUCUAUAAUGGAUUCAUCCAGGAUAUCCACUUUCCUAAUUUCAAUUCUACUGAUAGUCUACGGCAGUUUCCGAUCCUUAAAUAUGGAACAGGAAGCAAAAGAAAGAGAAAAAGAAAGGCAACGUAAUGGAAUGUCGAGUAAUAGUAGUACUGGAAACAAAGGUGGUGCUAACGGAGCAAGAAUCCAAACCUUAGAUACAAUGCAUGCUCUCUGUCUACCUCUUGGUGCUUCCAUUUCUCUACUCGUCAUGUUUUUCUUUUUUGAUAGCAUGCAAAUGCUCUUAGCAAUAUGUACAGCCAUCAUAGCUACAGUUGCUUUGGCAUUUCUUCUGCUACCCAUGUGUCAAUAUAUAAUUAGACCCUGCACAGAUGGAAAUAAAAUAUCCUUUGGCAUUUGUGGAAGAUUUACAGGAGCAGAAUUACUUUCAUUUUCACUCAGUGUGAGCAUAGUAUGUGUAUGGGUACUGACAGGACAUUGGUUACUCAUGGAUGCAAUGGGCAUGGGCCUUUGUGUAGCCUUCAUUGCAUUUGUUCGAUUACCAAGUUUAAAAGUAUCUACUUUGCUAUUAACUGGACUUUUGAUUUAUGAUGUUUUCUGGGUCUUCUUUUCAUCUUAUAUAUUUAGUACAAACGUAAUGGUUAAGGUAGCAACUAGACCUGCUGAUAAUCCAGUAAGUCUUGUCGCCAAAAGAUUGCACUUAGGUGGUGUAGCUAGGGAGGCUCCAAAACUUCCUCUACCAGGAAAGCUGAUGUUUCCUUCGAUGCAUCAAGCGGGACAUUUUUCAAUGCUAGGUCUUGGUGAUAUCGUUAUGCCAGGUCUUUUACUCUGCUUUGUGUUAAGAUAUGAUGCAUAUAAAAAGAGUCAGCUCUUGCCUGGUGGUUGUGAAACAGGAGUUCCACCACCACGACACUUCAACCGUAUUAGUUAUUUUCAUUGCUCCUUAAUUGGCUAUUUUCUUGGUUUACUCACUGCUACUGUAAGCUCUGAGGUGUUCAAAGCUGCACAGCCUGCCUUAUUGUAUCUUGUGCCCUUUACCCUUCUGCCACUACUGACAAUGGCUUAUUUAAAGGGGGAUUUGCGUCGGAUGUGGAGUGAACCAUUCAUAUCUCAACAACCUUCUAUAUAUAUGGAAGUUUGACAAGAGUCAUGGCUCUUGAGAAAUUAUAACACAAGAUUCAUUGUCAUUUAAAAUUUUUAGUUCUGGUCUUUGUCAGUAUCAUUUUAAGUAAGUAAGAUUUUCCAUACAUGACACAUUCACAGUUUUUUAAUAUCAUUGAUUCAUAAAAAAGCAAAUACAUGUUCGAAUAUUAACCAGGACAUUACAUAGUGCACCUAAGAAUUUCUCUUAUAGAAUUAAUUUUCAUGAACAAAGUAAUAUUAAGAGUGGAGUACCGUUUAUGCACAAGUUAUCAUUUUUUUUCUUUUCUUUUCUUUCUUUUUUUAUAUAUAUAUUUUUUUAUACAUUAAAAUAAGAAAGAAAUAAUUUUUAUUUCCGAAAUACCAGCCAAUACUCCUAUUUUGUCAGCGUUCUUUACAUAUAUCUUAAAAUGUUGGUGUCAAGUAUGAAUAGAGUAUGUGUGGUAGAUAAUUGAGAGUAAACAAUAAGUAUUCUAAAAUUUAUUAGAUACGCUAAACUAUAAAUAUUAUUAUUUGGAAAAACAAAUUCUACUUGCUUUUUGUUUCAAUUUUAUUAUUAUUACUAUUAUUAUUAUUAUCAUUAUCAUUAUUA